CUGGGAGGAGUCAGCUGUGCAGGCAGCAGGUGGAGGAGCUCAGCUGGGGAACUCACGCUCCGCAGAAGACAGAAUGUCCACCGCCGAUCCCAAUGAAGGAGACUCCACAGAGAGCUUUGUGGAUGUCAGUGAAUGUGAAUAUGGACAAGAACAGAAUCCAGAGUCCUCCUCCCAGAAAGAGAAGUCCCCGGAGGAGGCGGACAAUGAGAAAUGGCCUGUACAAGCAGAAUGUGAUUGUGAAGAAGGCGAGUCCUGGGAGACCGUGCCGGAGGCUGAAGGCCCAAGAAAUAUGAAUGAAGUACAAUCACCUGACCCUGCAGAACCCAAUCAAAAUAAAAAAUGUGACCCAUCCAGCCAGGAGGAAGACUCUCAUCAUCCUCGGAGAUCCCCCAUCAGACAACAGGAGGGCGAUGAGCAGAACCAAACCAAUGCGUAUGAGGAAAAUAACUAUUCUGAGCAAACAUGUGAUGGAGACCUUAAGGAAGAAACAAGAGAACACAAGGGACUUCAGGAGACCACAACUGAACCAGAGCCUACUGAACCAGAGCCUACUAAACCAAGAGAGGAUGUGACACUGGAACCAGAGCCUACUAAACCAGAAGAGGAUGGGACACUGGAACCAGAGCCUACUAAACCAGAAGAGGAUGGGACACUGGAACCAGAGCCUACUAAACCAGAAGAGGAUGGGACACGGGAACCAGAGCCUACUAAACCAGAAGAGGAUGGGACUCGGGAACCAGAACCUACUAAACCAAAAGGGGAAGAUGGGACACGGGAACCAGAGCCUACUAAACCAGAAGAGGAUGGGACACUGGAACCAGAGCCUACUAAACCAGAAGAGGAUGGGACACUGGAACCAGAGCCUACUAAACCAGAAGAGGAUGGGACACUGGAACCAGAGCCUACUAAACCAGAAGAGGAUGGGACACUGGAACCAGAGCCUACUAAACCAGAAGAGGAUGAGACACUGGAACCAGAGCCUACUAAACCAGAAGAGGAUGGGACACGGGAACCAGAGCCUACUAAACCAAAAGGGGAAGAUGGGACACGGGAACCAGAGCCUGCUAAACCAAAAGGGGAAGAUGGGACUCGGGAACCAGAACCUACUAAACCAAAAGGGGAAGAUGGGACACUGAAACCAGAGCCUACUAAACCAAAAGGGGAAGACGGGACACGGGAACCAGAACCUACUAAACCAGAAGGGGAAGAUGGGACUCGGGAACCAGAGCCUACUAAACCAGAGGGAGAAGAUGAGACUAAGACCACAGAUGUAUCAGAACCUUCUAAGCCCAAGGAGACCCAGGGGACUGUAGCUGAACCACAACCUGAUGACCCACACAAUGAGGAGUCCCAGCCUGCUGAACAGGAAAGCUCUAAAUUGAAACAUGGAGAGAAUGCACAAUUGGAUGAAGACGAUGAGAGGAGCCCAAUACAUGACGGGAAAAGUGUGAGAUGUCAGGAAAGUACAGGGGGACCUAAAGAAUAUAACAAAGAAAACUCUGGAAAGGAGUCCCAGAAUGAAGGAGACCAAGAUGAACCCGAGGAGUCUAAAAGAGACCAUUGUGAGGAGGCUACCACCGCACACCACCUGGAAUCUUUGAGGAAGGAGGAAACAAGUUACAAACAUCUGGCCCCCGCGGAGUCCCCCUGGACGGCACACAGGAACAGCGCCGUCACCCUGAGAAUGGAGGGAUCUGGAACUGCAUCCAUCCCUCCCCUUACUGUGCCGGAGUUCUUCUCGCAGGCAGUGAUGGAGUUCGGCCAGCAGACGGCGUUGUGUGUGUGGACGGGUGACGGCUGGGAGAAAAUGACUUACCUGCAGUAUGAGAAGCAAUGCUGGAUGGUGGCCAGAGGGCUCCUCAGGUUGGGCCUGGCUCGGUUCUGUGGGGUUCUGAUCCUGGGACAAAGCUCUCCACAAUGGUUCAUCGCUCAGAUUGGAUCCAUCAUGGCCGGGGGUGUGGCGGUUGGUGUUGACCCAUCAUGCACGGGGUUGUUUUGCCUUAGUGCAGCUCUGGACUCCCAGGCUCAGGUAGUGAUGGUGCAGAAUGGUCAGCAGCUGCAGAAGAUCCUGGAGGUGCGGGAGAGGCUGUCCGGGCUGAAGGCAAUUGUGCAGUGGGAAGGACCGGUGGAGGAAUCUCAUCCUAUGAUUUACACAUGGGAGCAGCUGAUGGACCUGGGCUCAGAAGCAGAGGAAUCCCAUCUUUAUCAGGUCAUAUGUCAGCAAAGAUCCAACCAGUGCUGCGCCGUGGUAUAUGAGAGUGCCGUGGAGCCGAAGGGAGUCCUGCUCAGCCAUGACAAUGUGACCUGGACGUGUUGGGCGAUGGCGAAGUCGCUGGGCCUGGGGUCAGAGGAGCGCGUGGUCAGUUAUUUGCCCCUCAGUCACAUGACUGUCCAAAUGUUUGACCUGUGGCUGCCCCUCUGUUGUGGGGGCCAAACUUACUUCACCGGGGCCAAAGACCCCAAGGUGUCCCUCCUAUCAACACUGAAAGCUGUGCACCCCACCUAUUUUCUGGGGUUCCCCAAGUUCUGGGAGAAGGUGAGGAGGAAGUGGAUGUUGGCAGCCAGGAAGGUGAAUCCUCUGCAGAAGAAGAUCCUCCGCUGGGCCCGAGAAAAGGGUCUCCAGGCCAGCAGAAGGCUGGGCCCUCAGCCCUGGGGGUACUCCCUUGCUGAACGUCUGAUCUUCCAUCCUGCCCACCAGGCGCUGGGGUUGGAUCGCUGUGUGCGCUGCUAUAUGGGAACCGAGCCGGUCACCCAGGAGGUGGUGGAGUAUUACAGGAGUCUGGGGAUGGAAUUACUGGAAGUGUACGGCAUGAAUGAAACCAGCGGCGUGCACAGCCUGGCACUGCCGGGAAGGACCUCUGAGGAGCUCUCGGGGUGCAGAAGCCACGUGUUGCCUACAGGAGAAUGGAGAGUUUGGGGGCGUCACAUCUGCAUGGGGUACACUGGGAACGAGGAGAGGACCCGAGGGGUGAUGGAUGAAGAGGACUGGUUCAUCACCGAGGACCUGGAGAGGGAAGGCGGUGGCACAGGACGGGAGAAGACGCGGAGGAGGGAGGACGUGGGUCUCUAUAUGGAGCUGUGAUCCCUGUUUGGGGGAGGAGCUUCACAUCUCUCGCUUCAUGUUGUGUUCUUAUUGGUCCGUUUUGGAUCAUCUUUUUUACUAAUAUUUUGUAUUUGUUCCUCCAUGUCUCUCCAUUGUGAUGUAUGUAUAUGGGGGAGGGGGGGGUGUGAUAUUCAGGGAUUGGUGCUCCCUGGCAGGAGCCUCCAAGCCCCUCCCCCCUGGACAUUCUCCCCCUCCCCCAUCUCGAUAAUAAAGUUCUUCUGAUCCUCGCUCUCCUCCAGAUGCUUGCCCAUCGGUCGUGCCUUGUUCCUCCUCCAGAUGCUUGCCCAUCGGUCGUGCCUUGGUCCUCCUCCAGAUGCUUGCCCAUCGGUCGUGCCUUGUUCCUCCUCCAGAUGCUUGUCCAUCGGUCGUGCCUUGUUCCUCCUCCAGAUGCUUGUCCAUCGGUCGUGCCAUGUUCCUCCUGCAGAUGCUUGCCCAUCGGUCGUGCCUUGUUCCUCCUGCAGAUGCUUGCCCAUCGGUCGUGCCUUGUUCCUCCUCCAGAUGCUUGCCCGUCGGUCGUGCCUUGUUCCUCCUCCAGAUGCUUGCCCGUCGGUCGUGCCUUGUUCCUCCACCAGAUGCUUGCCCGUCGGUCGUGCCUUGUUCCUCCUCCAGAUGCUUGCCCGUCGGUCGUGCCUUGUUCCUCCUCCAGAUGCUUGCCCGUCGGUCGUGCCUUGUUCCUCCACCAGAUGCUUGCCCAUCGGUCGUGCCUUGUUCCUCCUCCAGAUGGCAGCAUUGUAGCAGUGAUGAGUGUUCAGCGGAGGUGAAGAGUGCGCUAUCAGGGGAUCGCACUGAUUGGUCCUGUGACAUUCUGUGUAAUUGAUCUCCCCUGACCUUGUACUGUGAUAGCUGAAGGGAAGUGACUUUCAAUAAAUAUUUAAUGAUCAGGA